UGUGAUUGGUGGGUUCGAAGACGCGGCGGUGGUUUCAGAGUGCGUUCGGUUGGCAAAAUGGCGGCGGAGAUGCGGCUGUUGGGCGCUUUGGAGCGAUGGCGCCUCAGGGACGUCAGCCAAGCCUGGGUUGACACAACUUGGGAACUGGAGUUUACUGAGACGGAGCCUUUGGACUCUAAAGUAGAGAGCCUGAUAACAGAGGAUGGCUUGGAUGCCUUCUCUCAGCUCUACACAGCUCUCUGUCCCUUCGCUGAAGAUGACCAUGAGGCCAUUGAAAGCAUCUGGCCCCUGUUUGCAGAGAACAACAUCUCCCACAAUGCCCUUGUUGCGGUGUUGCAUCAUUUUGUCCAAGAGUCAGAGAAUAAAAAAGCUAACCUUCAUCAGCGUUUGUGUGCUCUCCAUGCUGCUAGAUUAUACUUUGUGUUGGUUGAAAUUCCAGGCAGCAUAGCCAAUCGCUUGUUCCACCCAGUAAUGUUUGGAAAAUGUCUUCAGACUUUGUCUAAAUGCUGGCCCCAAGAGUCAAACGUGUCCAGGAAAAGGAAAAAAGACCACAAUAAAAACUCUUCAGGGAGUCGAAAGAAGGGGAAAUCUAUAAGAAAAGAAAAUGUCAUGAUGGAGGAGAAUUUUGGAGAGGAUGAAGACCAGGAAGAACAGGUUUACUUCUCUGCACAUGAGUUGCUUCAAAUUCGGGAGGCACUUUUCCUUCUCCUGAAAAGUCUCCUACGACUUCUUUCCAAGUUCUCCCUGAAAGAGAGACCACAGUGUGUGGAGACUUGCAUUCAGAUCUUUGUUAAUUUGACCCAUUUGGAGCCUUGCUCACUGGAGUUUGAGCCUUUGGAAAGCAUGACUAUCGACCGAGCCAAAUAUAUCCCACAGCUUGCCUACUUUGGCUUACGCCUGUUGUGUUCCUCACUUCACAGCUUAGAAGAUAAGAUUCUGCGCUGUGUUUUCUAUCAAUUUCUCAACAUCAUCAUGUUGACAGGAACAGGAGCAUCCAGUGGUGCAUCAGCCAUUAUUACAUCUCAUGUCAUCAGUGAUAGGAACCAGGCUAUCAGAUUCAUCAGCUCUCUCACUGAGGAACUGAAAGAAGUUGCCUUCCCUGUACUGCGAAUCUUGCUACAGCACAUUUGCACCAAGGUUCCUGAUAAAUCAGAGUACCGAACAUAUGCAGCACAGGCUUUGACACAAUUCCUGUACAAACUCCCGUGUGGAAACCAUGCUGACUUCAUAGCUUGGCUGUAUAGAUUCUCACUAAAUAACAAGAUCUCCUAUAGGGUAUUUGCUAUUGACGCUGCCUUGGCCCUGUUGGAUCUUCCAGAACGGGAACCAGAUGACACUUUGUCUGAGGAACAGCAAAUGUUUUUGAAGCAUAAGUUCCUAGUGCAAGUCAUGGUCUUUGGUCGAUGCUCUGACAAAGCACCAACCGUUCGCAGCAAAGCCCUUUCAGGCUUUGCCCAGUGUCUGGAUACAAAAGCCAUGUCAAAUGCAGAAAGCAUACAAGAGCUUUUGCAGGGCAGUAAGUAUGCUUCUUCUACAGUAAUGGAUACAAACACCCCUGCUGGGACUUUCCUAACCAGUUCAGAAGGUCCCUCCAGCCAUAACUUGAAGACUUUCCCAACGUUCAAAACCAUCGAAGUAACUGAACGUGACUCCACUGAGUUUAAUGGAAAGGAGAUCAUGAGCAUGCUGAGGCUGAGAGCUGGGGAUGAGAAGACAAACGUUAGAAAAUCUGCCCUCCAGGUGCUGAUGAGCAUCUUGAAAUAUCAUGUGAUUCCUUGCACCGCUGAAGAUUUGGCCACGCUCCAGGAUCGAUGUCGGGAUCCUGCUGUUUCUGUAAGAAAGCAAGCUCUGCAGUCACUUACAGACCUCUUAAUGUCCCAGCCAGACAGCGUUCUGAUUCAGAAGGCAUGGCUGAAGGGAGUCAUCCCUGUCAUUAUGGACUGUGAGACCUCUGUGCAGGAGAAAGCCUUGGACUGCCUCGACCAUCUCUUGCUGCAGCCCAUAAAGCCCUGUAACAGAUUCACUCCACAGGAUGAAAGUCAAGUGCUGGCCUGGGAUCUCCUUACACUGCUCACCAAAGAAAGUCAAGAACUGAGCCGCUAUUUCAGCAAAGCUUUCCACAUCUGGUCCAAGCAGGGGAAAUUCUCAUCCUCCUUUGUGAACAGUGUCAUUUCCCACACAGAAACGGAGCGUGCUGUACCUGCAUGGAUGCUGCUGGCCAAGGUGGCUGGCUCUUCACCUAAACUGGACUAUUCCAAAAUCAUUCAGGCCUGGGACAGCCUCAACAGGCAAUGUGAAGCCAGUUUGGAGACUACUGUGCAUAUCCUGUGUGUGAUUGGGAGCAUUGCAAAGCAUCUGUCCAGCAGCAUCCAAAGCAGGCUGAUCAGUGAUAUUAAGCAAUGGUUACAGGAUUUUCAGUGCCCUCUGGAUGUGAUUAGUCCAGCAGUCGAGACUCUGCAGAAACUUUGCCAUGCUUCCACUGAUGAGCCAAAGGAAGCUCAGGAGCAACUGAAUAAUGUAUUUGGAGAUCUUGUGUCCACGUGUGAGUCCUGUAUCUCAAGAAUUGUUCUUGAAGAGAAUGGAGCAGAGCAGAUGGAGGAGGAAGCCUUGGUGAGAUAUCUCUUCACACUGGGUGAAGCAGCUCAACUCUGCCCAGCCAGAGUGAAAAAGCCAAUUUUCUUAUUGAUACAGUCUAUCCUGGCCAGUCCUGAUAUUAUGGCCCAAUUGUCCAGCUCUGUGGACAGUGAAGAUCUCCCAACGUCUCAGCCUUUAUCCCAGUUCAGAGGUUCUGUGAUGCCUUCCGUUGUCCGAGCGCAUGCGUUCAUUACGCUAGGUAGGACUUACCCAUCUAAACGCAGUCCUUUCAAACACAGAAGGGAUCCAGAAGAUGGUUGCCUGUGCAUGUUUACCAUUGUUGCUAAUGAAUUUGUGUUCACUUGCGAAAGGGAGAAGAAUCGGUUUUCUCUGAAGGGCAAAGCCAACAAGGAAAAGCGGAUGGAGAUUUACAAGUUUCUUCUUGAGCAUUUUACUGAUGAGCAGAGAUUCAACAUCACCUCAAAAAUCAGCCUGAACGUCUUAGCCUGCUUUGUGGAUGGGGUCCUCCCUCUUGACAUGGAUGCCAGCGAGCUGCUCUCAGACACCUUUGAGAUCCUGAGCUGCAAAGAGAUUAAAUUGUCAGCCAUGAGAUCUAGACUGGAGGAUGACAUCCAACCCGAUGAGGAUGAGCUGGCCAUGGCCAAUGUUGUCAUGCAGGUGGCCCAGAAGAAACUCAUAUCUCAAGUUCAAAAGAAGCACUUUAUAGAAAACGUCAUCCCGAUUAUCACUUCGCUGAAGACCUUGUUGGAGCAAAACAGGCUUCCGGCACUGAGAGACCUUAUGAACUACCUGCGGGAGGUGAUGCAAGACUAUAGAAACGAGGUCAAAGAGUUCUUUGCCAUGGACAAACAGCUGGCAGCUGAGCUAGAGUAUGACAUGAAGAAGUACGAGGAGCAGCUGGAGAGGGAGUCUCAGCAAGGCCAGGAGAUGCCUAUUGCCAUGGAAGCCGUGAACACUUUGGCCAGAGGCCAGCAGUCUCCCACCCCAGAGAGAGCAGUACUUCCUCCUGAUGUUCAAAAUCCAGAGACUUCUCCAGCUGCCACAAGAGCUCCCUCGCCUUUAAGAUCCCCUCCUGCUUCAGCGCCUUUUGCGUUUACUACACCCAGACCAGACAUCCUGAAACCCAGGCACGGGAAGACAUCCCUCAAUACCUUUGCCAUCCUCAAUUCUGCAAAACAGGCUGUGGAGAAUGCUAACAGACAGCGCAGCAGAAGUGUAGGACAGAGACCUGCCUCUCCAGAGAUCAGCAAAGGAUCCUUCUGCAGUCUAAACCAGAGGUCUUCUCGAUCUAGCAUUCCGCUGCAAGCCCGGGCAAUCAGCACCCCGGAGAAGUCUAUUGACAACAUGACCUUUGGGGCUGGAGUGAGCUAUAUCAGUCUGACGCAUACACCAGAUUCAGCGCAAGGCAAACAAGAUGCUCAGGAUCCACAGAGACAGAUCGUCUGUUUGCAAUCACCUGACAAGCCAUUGUCACAGCCCCCACCGUGGAAUAUCAACUCUCCCGGGAGGGAAAAUCGCCCCACAAGUGUGGGGCUGAGAAGAUCCAGCCGCAAAACUCCCUUGACACAAUCAAAAUGAUGGUUUCCACCUCCCAAAGCCGUAUCUUG